AUGUUCAUUCGAAAUAUCUUUUCCUCCAAGUCACUCUCAAAAAGUGCCUUGUCUGAUGUGGUCGAUGAAGAAAUGUCGGAUGAUGUUCAACCACAACAAAUACCACAACCUGUUAAGAAGACUAAACCUAUUGAAGAUGCUCAUGUUACCACUUGUUUAUAUUUUACAAAUCAAUUAUUCGAUUCGUCUGAUUUAAUUGAAGAAACUGAUUCGAAACCAAUUGCAAUGGGUGAAGUUUACUAUUGUACAGAUCAAUAUCCGGAAGAUAAAUUAUCAUACAAGGAAUUAGAUGCGAGGGAUAUUUUCGUCCAAAAAUUGAAAUAUUUAAAAUGUGAAAAGAAGAAUCCAAGACAAUUAGAAACUAUUGCACAAGAUUGUGUUUUAAAAGAACGUUUUAAACGUAGAUUUUUAUAUAGAAAUAGAGGUUUAUCUGAUACUCAAUCCAAAGGUGAUUGUGUUUUGAGUAUUGGUAUUGGUGUUGUUGCUGUUAAUGAUCAUUUUCAACAUCGAGUUUUGGAAAAAUAUCCAAAUGAGGAAAAUGGUCCAUUCUUUCAAUUAGUUCCUGUUGUGGGCAAUAGAUAUUUUGCAUGGAAUGAUUCAUCCAUUAUUACUGUUGGACAUAAGGUUAAGGCAGAAGUAACGACAUUGGUUGAUUUGGUAAAAUUAGUCAACCAAGAACAAGUUGAGAAAAUAUUUAAUGAUGUUGCAGAGGAGUGUUGUUAUUGGAAUUUGGAAAAAUUAUUUUGUUUUGAUACCAAUAAUUCUUAUCACUUUUUGAAAAUUUUCCUUUCAAGAAUAUUAUUAUCAAUUUCUCAACUUGCCAACACAAAUGAUGAGCAGAGAAUUAUUUCCAAAAAAUCCAUUGAUGAAAUUAUUGAAACCAAACUAACAUACAGUAUCAAGACAUAUGUCAGAGAAUUUGUAGAACCGAGAGGUUUCUCCAGGGCAAUUAUUCCCCUCUCGCAUAAGGUCAAACCAUUUGCUCCUGAUUUGUUGAAUCAAUUUGGAUCUGAUUAUAAACCACUCGUUCAACAACAGGGUGCCAAUACACUCACAUUACCAAUUUUAUUCACCUCAGAGGAACAGUUAUGCAUUUAUAAAAAGAUUGUGGAAAGUAACAUGUCAACCUAUUUCAUGAGUGAUGGAAUUCAAGAGUUUCGUUUCUGGAAUUGUUUGAGGAGAAAAUUUUGUGUGGACAAGAGUGCUCCAGAAAAUAAUGGAGUAUUGCAAAUCAUAUUGAAAGAUAAGGCCUUUGACUUGUAUGAUUAUAUCACACCAAAUCCACAGAGAUAG